AUGUUAGAGAAGCCUCAAAUACCUACCAAGCCACUUGUAUGCACUACUAAAGCAUUUAGUUCAAAUUUCCAUUAUAGACGAGGUCAUUGGGCUGAACAAAUUAAGUAUGAUAAGAAAAAUAACAUCCUCAUGAAGGAAAUACGCAUACAGAAAAAGCCAAAGCCUUGUGAAAUUGUUCCAAGACAUGGACCUGUAUACCCAGAACCUUUUUCAUUUGAAAAGAGGGAUGAAGAGGUGAAAAAACGCAGGGAAGAAAGAAUUAAAAGUCAGUUGGAGGAAGAAAGGGAAUUAGCGUCUCAGUAUAAGGCCCAGCUUUUACCACCUGCAGUGAAAAGUUUUUAA